GAUUGUGUAGAAGUCGUCUUCCUUUCCACUACCUCUUUCCUUUUUGUAAUUAUAAUACCACUUGCUCAUUUAUAUUGUCUGUCUGGUCGAACCGAGAUAAAUAUACUCUUUAUCUUUUUCGAGGCCAAUGGAAAAGUCGCACUUGAAUGAUUUGCAUAAUCGCGUUUGCAACACACAAUCCGCCACCUUGGCAUUAGCUACAGAGGCUCUGUCCGAACCUUUAAGUCGUGUUCAGGCCCUACCGUCGCAUUUAGAUCACUUCCAGUCAUGGCAAGGUGCUAAUGAUCAACUGAUCGAUCAACUUGUCAAAGGCUCAUUUUGGGCUACCCAUUUACACUUUGUGCUUGAUACUCUGAUCCCAAACUGGAGCUAUGCAUUUGAAGACGGGCAGCGGUUUCAGCUUUUGAAGGCUACCUUUGUCCCUGAAGUUCGGUCAAAACAAGCAACCAUGAUGGCUCGGCUAUCCUUAACAAUCCUUGUGGAUUCGCUGGCUCAUAAAACAAUACCCACCGGAGAGCUUUCGAUAUUAAUACGUCUACUACGCCAUUUGAUACAAGAAGGCGGCCUUGACUUAUUGCUUGGAAAAUGCCAUGAUGCUGAGUGGCGGCGGGUUGUCACUGCCAUGGUAUCCGUACCGGCAAGAGUUGCCAAUGCUAUAGGUGAAACGUCGACGCGUGAUGACUGGUAUACUGACAGUCGGUAUUCAGCCAUGGUUGCUACUUCCAUCGCCCAUUACGUAGAUAUAGCAGCCCAGAGAGCUCCAGCCGUGGAUAAUGAACAAUACGUCGAUAGUGUUGGCGCCUCCAUUGGGCAAUUAAUAGGGAAAAUGGCUCGGCAAGGAUAUGCCCCCAACCUCAUCUCAAAUUUGUACCCUCAUACCCUACCUCAGGUUGCCUCUCGAUCGCCCCAUACUGCCAUGACUUGCAAGAUUUGGUCGCAUAUUAUGUUGAACCAUUUGAUGCUCUCGCCUGAUCUCUCCCGACUGAUCUCCGGAACAUUCUUGUAUUUAAAUCAGAAUAUAUCGAAAACAGAUUUGACAGUAGGUCGCGUUCAGCAACUUUCUAAAGGACUUUUUGCAAUGUAUUUUGCUUCUGAGCCUGUUGAGAUGUCAAAUUCUGUUUUGCAACUCUUUUGGAAAAUCGGCUGGUUAGAAUCUCACUCAUCACCCAGUAUGGGUGUUACCAGAACACUGGCUGCAUUGCUAGUGUAUGCUGGGGGGAUACAAGAAUCCGAGAAUUUCGGCCAGGAAGUGUCGUCGUAUUCCAUCACAAAGAAAGCCCAGGAUAUUCUUUUGUUGGUGCUUCGAAAGCUUAUUUCUAUGUGGGGCGAUAGGCAGUUUGUUCGAAAUACUCCCUACUUGAAACAAAUUGGUGUUACAUCGGCCAUACUCGUAAUUCUCGGCUAUCUACCUAAUCAGGUCAUUAAAGCUGAAGUAUUCUCAGCCCUGCAGAUGUCCAAGCAUAUACAUGAAUGGUUUGUCAGUGGAGACCCGGAGACGACGAAGAUAGGGAUUUUACUGGCAGAAACACUAUCGAUGUUGAUGGACGACCCUGACAAAAGAUUGGACUGUCAUGUACUCGAUCCAGAAAUGGAUAAGAGUCUUUUGGCAUUACGAGAUUUGAUCUAUGCCAGAGACGCUCUGCAGCAUGAGGAUGCCACAGACAAUGAAGAGGUUGACGAAGUGCGUGCUGAAAUAGCUGGAAAUGAGCCGUUAUCGGAUGAUGAUGAUCAAGACAUGCAAGAGGUAGACCCUGACGCCCCAUUCACUUUUGGACAAGACGAUGAUACAUCGGACGAGGAUUCAGAUUUGGAGCCCUAUCCUAUGCCCCAGGAACCCGAUGAUGAACAGGAUCAUAGAGCACCAGAUAAGAAAAAACUUGGCAAACCUAUGUAUGUGUACGACCUCCUUCAAUACCUACGAGCACAGGAUGAUCCGAUCAAGCAAGAGGUUGGCUUGUCGUCUGCUGAAGACCUGAUUAGGCAGAAAGAAAACGUUGGAACUGAGAUAGGAAAAUGCACAAGAACUUACCAAGAUAGUAAUGUCUCUGCAAGAUACAUUUCAUUUAGAAAAUUUCGAUGAAAGCCAACAAGGCACUCUGGUAGCCUUAUUGAUAGCUUCACCCAAGCCAUCUUUCAGAGUCGUCAUAGAUGAAUUUUACGAUCGUAACUCCUCUGAUUCACAGCGAUCUUUAGCAUUGCGGUGUAUCAGUAUUGCAGUCAAAGAGUUGGCGGGCUGGCGAGAUACAAAGCCAAAAGAGGGCUCGGCUGCAGGAGCCAUAGAGUCGCUGGAUCAAAUGUUUAGCAACUCACUUACUCUGCCAGAUGAAAGUACGAGUAAAACUGCUUUGGAAACCAGAGGAAAAACCAGAGUGUUCUCUAGGAAAAGCGAGGUGGAUCGCAAGCGAGCGAAACCGACACAAAAUAAGC